AUGGAUGGAUUGGUAUAUUUAAGCAUCUGCACAUUAUUUUUAACUACUUCCCUUUUAGAUCCCAUAACUGCGACAGCAUCUUGCCAAACGUGUGGAAAAAUAUUCAAGAACGUUAACAGUCUACGGGCUCACAUGUCACUUGAUUGCAUGAAAACCAGUUUUUUUACUUGUAAAGCUUGUCCGUUUACGUCCAAAAGAAGGUUCAACAUGAAAAUGCAUUAUGCAACCAAACACAAAAUCGAAGUGCCUAGUGGACAUUUGACUAAAGUAACGAAAAUUGAAAUAGAUUAG